AUGGGCACCACCGUCGGGGUGUUUCAUGCUGUCGGGGAGAAUAGUGACGAUCACACCCAAGACUCCAGCACCGGUAUCAAGGGCGCUUCCUCUCCAUUUUCAAUUGUUACUGCCUCCCCGCCCCCUGUAGCGGUGACACCACUGCACAGCAUCGAAAAGCUGCAAGCUGCACUAGACGCUCUGGAAGCCACUAAGUCCCAGCAAUCGGCCAGGCUGGUCACGGCGCUAGAAGUACUCGAGCAGGAUCGCCACGAAUGCCUGGCCGGGAAAUUUCGUAGCUUGCAUGUUCGCUGCGAUGCUGCUGAGGACCUACGGCGAAUGCGGGAGCGCUCAGAGCGUUACCGCGGACAACGAGCGCUCGCGGUGCUAUCCAAAACUGCAGACUGGUAUCCGGAACUGUUGCGACGUCUGCUGGCCCGAGAAGUAGCUAAGCUGUUUAUCAUUCAAGGUGUGCGUCGAUUCACCAACGAUGGAUGCGAAUUCCAGGCGACACAGCUCUUCCAGGUAAUAUUGCACUUGCAUCACGAUGAUCUGGAACUCCUGCACGUGCAACAACUGCUCGUAUAUCUCCGCAAUGCAUUGCACAUCAACCGCGACGAGUGGUUGCAAGUUUUUGCCGCACACGAUCUACCAGCGCCCAACGACGACAUUGCAGAGGACCGCAAAGACCCACCAGAGCAACCGCGACACGGGUAG